CGCAAGGUGCGCGGGGCCGGGCCGGGGCCGCUGCGGUCUCCUGCUGCCGAUGGACCCGGCCCGGCGCGGCAGCGCCGACUGGGGCUUGGCCGCCGGGGCGGAGUGCCGACCCAGCCCCCCGUGGGGCCCCGGGAGCGCGGCUCGGCUCCCGCCCGACGCAGGGGCUUCGGCGGCGCCUUUCCUCGGCGGCGGGGUCCCGGGCGGCCGCAGGAGCUCCCGACCGGACGGGCACGCCUGCCCGCGGCGCGCAGGAACUGAGGAGCGGUCCCCGGCCCGGACCCCGCCCGAGGGUGUCCCGCUGCUGGCCCUGCUGCCCCCCGGCCCAGGCGGACCCCCGGCCCCGGCAGCGCCCGGCCGCGCCACCUUCCCCGCGCCGGCCCCGUCGGAGCGGCGGGAGAUGCUGCCCAAAGCGGAGUCUAGCGACCACAUUGCGGCCUGGGCGGGCCCCGCCGUGCCCCGCGCCCCCACGCUGCCCAAGGCCGUGUCCAGCGAGUUCCUCGCCGGCGGGUGGGCGGGCCUGACCCCCCGAGCAGAGCCGAGCGAGCUGCCCGUCCUCCCCCGGCCCCUCGGCCGGCUCGGUCCCGGCGACGUCUGCGAUCCGCUGCCCGACUGCUCGGGACGGGCCCCGGAGGAGGGGGCGUUCCGCAUCACAGUGGUCACCUGGAACGUAGGUACAGCCAUGCCCCCAAAUGAUGUGACGUCCCUGCUGCACCUCAACACGGGCGAAACAAACGAUGUGGACAUGAUCGCCAUUGGGCUGCAGGAGGUAAACUCCAAGAUAAACAAGCGCUUGAAGGAUGCCCUCUUCACAGAUCAGUGGAGCGAACUCUUCAUGGAUGUGCUGAGCCCCUUCCACUUCAUCCUGGUCAGCACAGUACGGAUGCAAGGUGUGAUCCUGCUGGUGUUUGCCAAGUACUACCACCUGCCCUUCUUGUACGACAUCCAGACAGACUGCACCAGGACAGGGCUGGGGGGAUACUGGGGCAACAAAGGUGGGGUGAGUGUUCGUCUCUCCAUCUUCGGCCACAUGGUCUGCUUCCUGAACUGCCACCUGCCAGCACACCUGGAGAAGGCAGAGCAGCGCAAGGAGGACUUUGCCACCAUACUGCACAUGCAGCAGUUUGAGGGGCCUGUGGCCAACGGCAUCCUGGACCAUGACCUCGUGUUUUGGUUUGGGGACCUCAAUUUCCGCAUCGAGAGCCUGGACAUCUGCUUUGUGAAGUAUGCCAUUGACAGCAAUGUCCUGAGCCAGCUCUGGGAGAAGGAUCAGCUGAACAUUGCCAAAAGUACAUGGCCUGUUCUCAGAGGUUUCCAGGAGGGACCCCUGAACUUCCCACCCACUUUCAAGUUUGAUGUGGGCACCAACAAGUAUGAUAGCAGUGCCAAGAAGCGAAAACCUGCCUGGACCGACCGCAUCCUGUGGAAGAUAAAAUCUCCCAGCAAGGGGUUGGACACAGGCGGGCACUGGCCCAGCCAAGGCGUUCUGUCAGUGAGCCAGCUGUGCUACUGCAGUCACAUGGAAUACACUGUCAGCGACCACAAGCCAGUAGCUGCCAUCUUUGCCGUGCAGUUUGCUUCCAAGGUGGACAAGCCCCUGGUUGAGAUUUAUGUGGCUGACGAGUGGAGCAGGCCUGAGCAAGCAGUUGUCAGGUACAAGAUGGCUGUUGGCUUCCACCGGAGCUCCUGGGACUGGAUAGGACUCUACCGGGUGGGCUUCCGGCACCCCAAAGACUACGUGUCCUAUGUCUGGGCCAGGAGCGAUGACGGGGAGCGCUGCCUGGAGAAGCAGCUGUAUGCACAGGUGAUGUUCUCUGAGGAAGCACUGCCCAAGGGUAAUGGCGAGUACAUCCUUGGAUACUACAGCAACACCUCCAGUAGCAUUGCUGGUGUGACUGAGCCCUUCCAGAUUUCCCUACCCAGGUCAGAGGAGGGCAGCAGCUCUACAGACAGCUCAGGCAGCAGCUCAGAAGAGGAUGACAGUACACUCGUCCUCCUGGCCCCCAAAUCCCGUAGCCCCAGCCCAGGCAAGAUGAAACGCCACCGGAGCCGAAGCCCCAGCCUGGCCAAGUUCCAGGGCCUCAUCCUGCGGCCGUCAAGCCGGGACAGGGGUACCAGCCGCAGUCCCUCACCCCAGAGCCGUCACAGCCUCCCCAGGAGCAUCCCCACCAUCCACCUGCCCCAGGAGGAGCUGGGCCACCAUGGAGUCAAAAGCAAGGAGCUGGGACAGGCAGCUGAGAGCCCAGAGGGCAGCUCAUCCUGCCAGACUCCACAGGAGCAGGGCGGCCUCCAGCGUCUCUGUGCUGACAGCUCCCUGGCCAGGGCUGACCCUCGGAACCUGGGCCUGCUGCCUGCCCUGCGCCUGGAGAUGAUUGACCAGGCCCUGGGCCGGCGGCGGGAGAAUGCAGACCAGGGCUACUAUCCCAGCCGGAGAACAAGCCCUACCAGCCCCCCAGAGGAACUGGACAGACAUAGCUGUGCCAUGGGCCACUGAUGCAGUGGCUCCCUUCCUCCUCCCCAUAGCGCGCUUGCUGUGUGCUUUCCUCUGCCACUUCCCUGCUGCCACACUCUCUCCCUUAUUUAUUGCAAUGAUUCCUCACCUCUGUUGUGUGCCUGGCAGGUAGAGGCCCUCCCUCUCUGCCCCCAGUCCGAGCUCCUGCCCUGGGCAGGGCUGUGAGGUGACAGUACAAGGGAGGGUGGGCAAGAACUUCCAAGUGCAAGACUCUUGUCCCAUGACCUCACACUUGAGGUGGCACAAGAGGCCAGGGCAGGGCUCUGGCAGUAAUGGUGAUGGGCACAGAGCAAGGACCACCACAGGGUACUCUGGAGAUCAAAGCUUGCUCCUUCCCUGCUCUACCACUGUGCCUCAGCCUGAACAUAGUGCAAGUGACAAAAUAAAUGAUCCUGUGUACCCCCAC